UCAAAUGCGCGAGGUCGAUCCGUGAAAAUCACUUGAUUCAUGACAAAAAGAAAGUGAUUGGUUUGCUUCAAAAAAGACCUCAGUUUCUUGAUAGGUUCACAACUUAUUACUGUGACAGGCAAUUGAAGUGUCUUGUGGUUUGGUUAAUGAUCAGUGUUGUGAAAUAGGUGUAACCUGAGAUUGGAGAGCGUCGCAGGUCCCGUAUUCUACUAAUCUGGUCCACACAAACCGCACACUUUUUCUAAGCUCAUUGUUUGGUUUCAGUGAAUUACAAAGUUGUUUAUUGAAGUUAUUAGCGAUAUAACAGUUUUGGAUAAAUCAUGGCAAAAGCAGAGGUUAAUAACGGCGAGAUCAAUGUUACAAUCGCUGGCCCGGCCGACGAGAAACCCACGGUCGAGGUACAAGACGAUAGAGGAGGCUGGGGCAACAAGAUAGAGUUUAUUUUAGCUACAGUUGGUUAUGCAGUUGGCUUGGGAAAUGUUUGGCGUUUCCCAUAUCUAUGCCAGAAGAAUGGCGGUGGUGCUUUUUUAAUUCCAUAUGUCUUCUGCUUAGCAUUCCUCGGUAUUCCCAUAUUCUUCUUAGAACUCGCCAUCGGCCAAAGCGUCCGUCAAGGCUCGAUUGGAGUAUGGAACUAUAUUCACCCCUAUCUGGGAGGUGUCGGGAUAGCAAGUGUAAUUGUGUGCUUUUUAGUGGCUGUGUACUACAACAUGAUCAUCGCCUGGUGUUUCUAUUAUCUAUUUGCGUCAUGGCAAGACCCUCUACCAUACGCUGCUUGUCCAGAGAUCACUGUUAAUGGUACUAAUGGAUCCAUCUGGUUACCAGAAUGUCAGUUAGCGGGUCGUACCCAGUAUUAUUGGUACAACACGGCAUUAGGAAUCACAUCAGAUAUAGGAGAGAGUGGUAUUAUCCUAUGGCCUAUGGCUCUGUGUUUAUUGCUGGCCUGGCUUGUGGUAUUCCUGUGUAUGAUGAAAGGUGUACAGACUGCAGGAAAGGCGGUGUAUUUCACAGCAACGUUCCCUUACCUUGUUCUCAUUAUUUUCUUUUUUCGUGGAGUCACAUUGGAUGGAGCGGGGCCUGGUGUCGCUCACAUGUUUAAACCACAGUUUGAAAAGCUACAAAAUCCGCAAGUAUGGCUGGAGGCUGCCACUCAAAUCUUUUACUCGUUGGGCGUGGCAUUUGGUGGCUUGAUUGCCAUGUCUAGCUACAAUCCAGUACAUAACAACUGUCGACGAGACGCCAUUAUGGUGUCGCUUAUCAACUGUGGCACGUCGAUUUUUGCCAGCAUUGUUAUUUUCUCGAUUCUAGGAUUUAAGGCGCACAAGUCAUUUGAAGACUGUAAAACUGACUUUUACAAGAAUGUCACACUCUCCUCUGCACCAAAUCAAACCAUAACAGAAGCGUGUCAUGAUUUAGAAAAGUGGCUGUCAGAGUCAGCGCAAGGACCAGGGUUAACAUUUAUCGCGUUCACGGAAGCCAUAGUGAAAAUGCCAGCAUCUCAGCUGUGGGCGACAUUGUUCUUCUGUAUGUUGCUUACCCUUGGUCUUGGUAGUAUGUUUGGUACGCUGGAAGGGGUUAUUACACCUGUUUAUGACUUGAAGCUUGUCUCGUGGAGAAAGGAGUUUGUCACUGCCUUUAUUUGCGUCAUGUCAUUCCUGGUUGGACUAGUGUUCUGCCAGGGGUCUGGUGAAUACUGGCUCCAGAUGUUUGAUACGUUCUCUGGAACUCUUCCUCUCCUCGUGAUUGGGUUCUUUGAGUUGAUUGGUGUCAAUUGGAUAUAUGGAGCAAAAAGGUUUGAAGAUGAUAUAGAGUUCAUGAUCAGUGACAGACCUGGCUGGUAUUGGARGAUUACCUGGCGAUUCGUAGCACCAUUCAUUGUUGGUGUUAUUAUUAUCGCUAGUCUUGUUAACAUGUUCUUGACCCCGAUAACAUACKCCGCAUGGGACCCCAAGUCGGCCGAUGUCGUGGACACAGUGUACCCCUCUUGGGGAUUUGCUGUCAUCGCUCUUCUGAUUCUAUUAUCGACCCUCGCUAUUCCUGCUCUUUUUGUCUUGAGGCGAUUUGGUUUUGUCAAAAUGGAUGUUUCCAAACCAACGGGUGACGUCAUACCCCCUGGAGCCUUGACUCCCAACCUGUCACGUGCUCCUAUUGCUCUAACAGAAGAACCAAUGGAUGGCACGGAUAACUUAAGCUUAGAACAAUAGAAUAUUUUAUUUGAACAUGCAGGCCUCAUCCGCACGCCAUCAGGUAAACAAYUAUCUGUAUUCUGAUAAACAAUUGCAAGAAAAACAUGAAGAGUACAGCAGUGUUUUUAAUAUUAUUCCUUUGUAGGAGUGGAAUAGUUAAGUUGUAAACGUCAGUCCUCUUAGUUUUUCCUUUUUUUUUUUGACUUUGUAAAACAUUUUCAUUUUGUUACAGUGCCUUUUUUGCAAGAUAUUAUUGGCGAAAACUAUGAUGUUUAGUAGUAUUAAACUGCCAUUUUGUGUCGUCAUAUUGUAGCAAAACCUACCGUUUAAAAGCUGUGUGGAAUAUCUUACUUUUCAGUAAUUCUAUCACGUGACGUGMAAAAGCGUUGUCAUGAGAAAACAAGGCAUUUAUACUUCAUUAAGUGGAAAAGGACAUCCCUCAGUCUUAACUCCUUUCAUUGUCAUUUCUUUUGCUCUAAAGUACAAAUUUUCUGACAACGGUUUUGCAAUUGUAAUUGCAUUGUCGGCUGUUUACCUGGUGAGGUGGUGAUGRGAUUGAAGCCAGUAUGAUUUAUAUUUCGCAGUCCCGAUUAUAACACAUUUUAAAUGAUUUGAUUUGAUUUAAUUGUUGCACUCCUAGACACUAUUCAGUCAUUAGUGUGUCUUAGCAACGAAACGUCCAAUUGAAAUUAUUGACUGCGCUGUUCAUAUCAAGGUAAAAAAACGUGCUUACAGCAGCACAGACUCUGGCAAAUCAUAUUCACAUUUUCAUGGACGGCCUGGGGUGAGCAUCAAAGUGAGGCUACCUCAAGGUUUUCUGCCCUGAGCAGCUUACUGAACAAGUUUGCUCGAAGUUGUCCCUUAAUUUACAAUUCUUGCCUAGAUUUAUAAUGUUUGCAAAUAGUUUUAUACUUAUAUUUACGUUUGGAUAAACCAGUUUUGGGGAUAUUAAUUAGUGCUUAUAUUUACGAAUUAGCGAAUAUAUUUAAGGUGGGACUAGUUCGUGCCCCUUAACACAUAUAAUAUGAAUUAAUAUUACAACAGACUUUCGGGCCAUCACAGUGUAAUAUUGGUUGAAAACAUGAUUAGAAACAGAAAGUGCACGCUCUCUUAUAACGAAAUCAUCAUCAUACUUGGGAUAUUGUCGCGUGCACUUGCUAAAUUUCCUAAAGUUUKAUAUAAAAUAAUACUUCUUUAUAUUCAUUGAAUGAUUGAUAGUUUUGUAUGAUUCAUAGUUACAGAUCAGUAGCCUUAAUGAACUUUUAAUAAAAACAUUUGUAAUGGACGUUCACAAGGUUGUACCGUUCUACUUAACGGUACAACCUGAAUAAAAAUUAAAUGAAUUCCUAA